AUCACCAUUAGUGUCUUUGGAUUAUCAUCAUCAUCAUCAUCAUCAUCAUCAACAUCAUAAUCCGCAUCAUUUGGCCAAUAUAAAUGCAACGAUGCAUAAUCCACAAAUGACACAACAAUAUGAUUCAAAUAUUGUGAAUAAUAUGAUCCAAGAUCGUCCUAGUGUUAUAUAUAAACCAGUAAGAUCAUUAAUACAAUAUUGGCCUGAAAGUCAUCCACAUAUACCAUUAUCAUUACCACAAAAUCAAUAUGAUGCUCAUCCUUUAGAUCAACAACAACAACAACAAAUUAAUCAAUCAUCAUUACUAUUACAUCAAUCAUCUAUUUGUGAUACACAAAUAUUAUCCAUGAAUAGUAACAACAACAUCAACAACAACAACAACAAUGUUCCAAUGCUUUUGGAUCAUUUAAUUAGUAAAUCAUCAUCAAGUGAUAGUGAUACAAAUGAUAGUGGUACACGUUUAAUUAGUGAUUCAUACAAUGAUUUAAUUAUCAGUGCCUCAGAUACAAUUACAACAGCAACAACAACAAAUACAACUACUGCUACAACAACAACAACAACAAUCAAUAAUAAUCAGAAUAAUCAUCAUGUAUAUUUGACAUCAAUGAAUCAAAUCGAUACGAUAGUUGAAAAUCAUGAACCAGAAUCAAUGAAUUUAUCAUCAUCAUCAACAGCAAUGAAUGAAAAUAAUCCCAAUGAUUUAUGGAUACAAGUUCAAGGUGAUUUAUCAAAAAAUCUAAGAGAAAAAUAUCUACAAAAUCAAUCAGCCAAUAAUUUGGAUUCUGUGACAAACAACAACAACAACAACAGCAGCAGCAGCAACAACAACAACAACAACAACAAUUCUAGCAGCAAUAGAAGAAAAAAGAAUUUUCAAAAAUUUCGUCGUAUCGGUUUCGAACGAUUUGGUUUCAAUUGUCCCCUUAGUCAUCGUAUGACUAGAAUUAUUAUUUGGUCAUCGAUUACCGUUUGUUUAUCAAUAACAUUAUUGAUUAUUUGGUUUAGUUUUUUACGUUAUCAUCAUCAUCAUCAUCAUGGUGGACUGUGGUGGUUGCCACGAUGGUUAUUUGGCUCAACAACCACUACUAAUCAUUAUUAUCAGACACGUCGUUAUCAAUUUGAUCAAGAUCCAUAUUGGUAUCAUGGUACAACAUUCUAUGAAAUAUUUCCAGCAUCAUUUAAAGAUAGUGAUGGCGAUGGUUAUGGUGAUUUUAUGGGUAUUGUGGAACGUGUCGAUUAUCUUCGUUCAUUAGGAAUCAAUGCCAUCCGUUUGAAUUCAAUAUUUGCCGCUUUUGAUUAUCCAAGAUAUUAUGAUAAUGUUUUGAAUUUUUAUGAUGUUGAUCCACAUUUAGGAAAUUUUCAAUCAUUUUUUAAAAUGAUUCAAGUUUUACAUUCGAAUCAAAUUCGUGUGAUAUUGGAACUGAAUCCAACAAUUACAUCGGAUGAACAUCCAUGGUCGAUGAAUCGUACGACGGAAUAUGAAAAUUAUUAUUAUCAUCAUCAUUCCAGAAGAAAAUCAGCUACAACAAACAAAAAAAAUGUCCGUUUUGAUAAUUUAGCAGCCAACGAUAAUAAUGGUAAUGAUGAUGAUGAAGGAACGCCGCCUGGAGGUCGUUGGCUAAAUUGGAAUAAUGAAGCCAUACCAAAACAUAUGUUGAAAGUAGCCGAUUUUUGGUUACGUUAUGUUGAUGGAUUGUAUCUAAAAAAUUUGGAAAAAAUCCAUGUUGAUUUUGAUGGUGAUGAUGAUAAUGACAAUGGCAAUGACAAUGGUGAUAACAUUGCAUUAUCCGAUUCAAUGAUGAAAAAAAGACGUGAAAAAAUUCUAUUAGAUUUUCUACAAAGAUUACGACGGAUAUUUGAUUAUCAUGAUCAAUUGUAUGCAAAAACGAAUAAAAUAACUGAAAUGAUAAAAAUACCAAAAAAGAUAUUGAUCUGUUCAAGCCAUUUAUUAUCACCAUUGUUAUCAUCAGUCACAGCUGCAAAACGACGACGACGACGACGUAGACAGCAGCAUCAGCAGCAACAGCAACAACAAACAAUGUUUAAUGGCAACAACUAUUCACCAUCAAUACCACUACAUAAUAAUAAACAGAAUGAAUUUCGUCCUGAAUUCGAUGAAUUAGAUAUGAAUGAUUUUUUUGAUCCAACAGAAUCAACAACAAUAAGUGAUGAAGAGGAUGGUUAUCCAAAAAUAUUGGCCAAUUCACAUAAAAUGUUACCAUCAUCUAGUAGUAUUUCCAGUGCCUCUAAAUCAUUGAAUCAUUCUUUAUUUUCAUCAUCGAUUUUGAACCAUCAACAACAACGAAAUAGUAUUACGACAACGACUACUACGACCAACUUCAAUAAUAAAUCAUUAAUCAUUAAAUCAUCAAUAAGAUCUAUAUAUCAUUAUUUUGAUUUAGUACAUUUUGAGCUUAAAUUACAGCCAAACCGGAUUGACAAUAUACGAGAUCAAAUGAAUUAUGUAUUCUUGAAUAGACCUUUGGAUUUUCCACCCAUUAUGUGGAGUAUUGGUGGCAGUACAAAACAUAAACGUCUUGUUAAUCGUAUGAAUGGUACAAAUUAUUCAUUGGCCAGCCUGUUUGUAUUGGCAAUGAUGCCCGGUACUAUCAGUAUAUUCUAUGGUGAUGAAAUUGGUCUUUCAAAUGUUUAUGAUUUUCGUAGCCAUAAUGUUUUCAUCGGCAGUCAACUAUGUCCAAUGGCAUGGUCAUCAGAAUCACCGAAUGGUAAUUUUAGUCUGCCAAAUGUAUCCACAUCAUCAUGGUUACCAAUUCAUCCGGAUUAUACACAUAUUAAUGUGGAAAAACGUUCAGAAAUGGUUAAAAUUGUUGCCGAAUUGAUUAAUUUUCGUUUGGAUUUUCUUUAUAUUGAUGAUUUGGAGACCAAAUCUUUAAAUCAAAAUCAACAAUUUUCAACAUCAUCUAAUAAUCAAAAUAAUAAAAAGAAUUUGCUGACCAAAGAAUCGAAAUCAUCCAUAUUAAAUCAUCGAAUAAAUUAUCUAUUCCAUUACAUUGAUCAAACAACCAUCGUAUUGGAACAAUAUUUUGAUCGUAUAAAUCCAUCCAAAUCAUCAACAAUGAUCACAACGGUCGAUAAUCAUCAUCGAUUAAUGACUGGCGAUGAUAUAGAUGUAUUAUCCAAAUACAAACGUUAUCGUUAUGUUGUGUUUGCAAAUCUAGGCAAUGAAACAAUUGUUAGAGAUUUUUCAGAUAAAUUUCAUUUUUCAAUCAUACAAAUGGCAACCAAUAUUAAUCGUACAAGUGAAUUUCUUAUAAUGAAAUCAUUACAAUUAGAUCCAGAUUUUGUUUCGAACAUGUUCUUGCUCUCUUUUUCUCUCUCUCUUUUUCUGAUUCAAAUUUUGUUAUUAAAAUUAAUAUAUAUCAUCACAUGUUAAAUUUGCAAAAUAAAAUGAUGUGAAAAAAAAUAAAGCUCGUCAUCAUUCCCGAUAUAUACAACAGAAAAAACGACAAUGAUGUCAACACGCACAUUAAUCAUUUUAAAUUACACUGGGUUUUUUUUCCUUUUAAUUUUUAUUUAAAUUUAAAUUUUC